AUGCCAUCCGUCGACGAUUCUUCGGCCACCCGGCCCAACGGCACUAGCUCGAGGUCGGACCAGCUCGCGUACUACAAAGCGCAAUAUGAACAGCUGGAGGCUGAGCUGUCGGAAUUCCAGGCUUCCAGCCGCGAACUGGAGGCCGAGUUGGAAAAGGAUAUCGAGGCGUCGGAGAAGCGAGAACGGCAGCUGAAGGAACGGCUGGAAAACUUGAGAUACGAGAUCGACGACUGGAAGUCCAGAUACAAGCAGGCCAAGUCGGAGGCCAGCGCGGCCCAGAAUACGCUGCAGAAGGAAAUUACCAAGUUGCGCGAUGGCAACCGCACCCUACAACUCAAAUUGCGCGACAUCGAAGUCGCGAACGAUGAUUAUGAACGUCAGGCCCGCCACACCACUUCAUCCCUGGAGGAUCUGGAGCAGAAGUACAACAUGGCGAUCGAGCGCAGCGUCUUGCUCGAGGAAGAGGUCAAGAAUGGCGAAAUGGAGCGUGAGAGCCUACGGAUUGAGAACCAACGUCUCCGUGAUGAACUGUCGGAGCAGAGAGUCGAGGCUGAGAUUCUCUCGGAGAAGCUUCGACACGAACAGAACGGUGGUCGCCGCAGAAAGCCUGCGUCCUUGAUCUACCGCACUCCAUCAACACCUCAGACCCCCGAGAUCUUCGACCGCACUCUCAGCGCUUCUACUGUGUCUACUCCUAUGUUCCAGACACCGCCGAUCAAGAAUGCUCUCAUGACUGUGACCGCCACUCCUCCUUCGCCACCCAUGUCUGAGGCGUCGAUCAGUGUCCCGACUAGCAUGCGCAAGACUGCCAGCGCCACUCCUGGAUUCCCGUUCAAGAAGGCUGGUGGUGGCGCUCAGCUGGGCUCCCGGUCGAUGUAUGACUCGAAGAAGACCCCAAAGAAGUCUCGGGGUUCCACCUUCAACUCCAACAACGGUCGUUCCAAUACAACGACCCUGCCAUUUGCGAGCGCGUUUCAGCCGGGAGGCAUUAGCACCAAUGACCCCACCUCGUCCGCCAGCAUCAACAACGACCGAUCCACCACACUGCCCAAGUCGGGAUCCCUUUAUCAGAUCCGCGGCCUGAUCGGCAAGAUGCAGCAGUUGGAAGAGCGUGUUCACUCUGCCAAGUCCAAACUCCCGGCACCCUCUGAUUCGCCUUCUCGUAUCUCGUCGCGGUCUGGAUCUAUUGUCGGUGACAGCCCAGUUUCCUCGACGAUCACUAUGCGCCAGAACUCGGCGCGUAAACGAAUCAGUGGCAGCAGCUUCAGCUCGUCUGUGCGUGAAGGCGACACGGCCUCAUCUUACAACACUCGACCUUCAUUUGGCGCUCGAACUCAGGGUGACAGUCGGCCUAGCAGCCGGACCAGCUAUUCCAGCUCCUUCAGCCAGAGCACCCAUCCCAGUGUUGCGCCUUCUACUCAUUCGGCACGUCCUGAAAGCCGACAGAGUCGUACUAAAACGCCACUGGGACACUAUUCGACCAAUCCCACCACUGAAAGUCGGCGCCCCCGGUCUUCGCUCAGCAACCCGUCCGUACAGAACGGCCAUACAAGCGGCAUGUCCAACAUUGACGAAGAUGAGGACUUGGCGUUCCGAAUGUCAGUGCGAGCCAAGAUUAGCGAGGCUCGGGAGGCACGCUUUCCGUCAUUCUCUACGCCCGUCCACACCCCUACCAGCUCAGUGAAGACGGUCAAGAAACGCACGCCUAGCGGGAUCCCGGCGCCACCACGGAGCUUCCGCACUAGCACCGGAUAUGAGCCGAAGACCAAUAUUGGUGAUCUUGGCGAGACCUUCUAG